ACCCUGUAACCAAAUCAGCUGUUCGUGUUGCUGCUAUUGAAAUUUGUUAUUAACAAAUAUAAACAAAGGAUAGUGUGAAAAAUUAGAUCUCGAUAAAAUGCUGACCGCUAAAAUUGGUAAAGUAGGUAAAGUGCUCAUUUGUGGCAUGAAAGGUGUGGGAAAAACCGCGCUACUGGAACAAUUAAUUUAUGGCAAUGUCAACAUGGAUACGGAGAUUCAUCCUACAAUUGAGGACAUAUAUGUAGCAAGUGUCGAUACAGGUCGUGGCGGCGCACGUGAAACGCUCCGUAUCUACGACAGUGCUGGUCUACAAGGGAAGGGUCAACUGCCGCGGCACUACCUUUAUUUUCCCGAUGGUUAUGUACUCGUAUACGAUCCAACAGAUCCCAGCAGCUUGGACAUGUUGGCCGAUAUUAAAACUGAUAUCGAUCGUAGCAAGGAGAAAAAGGACAAUGUUGCCAUAAUUGUGUUGGCCAAUAUGCGAGCACGAAACAGACGUGAGUCGCCUGCAUCCCCACCAACACAAAUUACACAGCAGCCACAAGUUCAACAACAACAGCCCGAUCAAGUAGAGUCUGUUUUGAAUCGCGCAAAUAAUUGGUGUGCACGUGAACGUAUAAAACAUUACACAGUAAAUGCUAUGGAGCGUCCGUCUUUGUAUGAACCAUUCAUAGCACUAUGUGCACGUUUACAUCCACCACCGACUAAGAGUAGCUUCCCACAAUUGCGUCAGGUAAUGCAGAAAACGCAGAAGAGUGAUAGCUAGGACGGAGAGUCGGAUAGCGGCGGUGAUAAUAUGCUAUGGUGUAUUGCCGGAUGUCAGCGCAGCGGUGGGAGUGUCGGACAGUAACUUUUUAGUUUAAGCAUUUCAAAAUUAGCAAUUUACUAAAGGUAUUACAAAUAUACAAACAUGCAUUUAUGUAUGUAUGUGGGCUCGUAUUUUAACAAUCUCAAUUUUUCUACAUAAAUAUUUGUCUAGUACUUAAUAAAUAAUGUGCAAAGCCUCCAUUGUAAAUGGCAAUUGAAAAAUAAAAAUUUAGAUAGUAU